AUGUCUUCGCUUGCAGCAGCUAGAGCCGAUAAUUUUUACUACCCGCCGGAAUGGUCCCCGAAAAAGGGUGGUUUGAACAAAUUUCAUGGGCAACAUGCUUUGAGGGAGAGAGCACGAAAAUUAGACCAGGGUAUUUUGAUAAUAAGGUUCGAAAUGCCCUUCAAUAUAUGGUGUGGCGGUUGCAAUUCUAUGAUUGCAAAGGGUGUUCGGUUCAAUGCAGAGAAAAAGCAAGUGGGAAAUUAUUAUUCUACAAAGAUAUGGAGCUUUACCAUGAAAUCUGCAUGCUGCAAACAUGAAAUUGUUAUUCAGACAGAUCCAAAAAAUUGCGAGUAUGUGAUUAUUAGUGGGGCUCAACGAAAAAAUGAGGAGUUUGAUAUUGAGGAUGCAGAAACAUUUGCUCUCCCUGCUGAUGAAGAGAGAGGCAAGCUUUCAGAUCCAUUUUACCGUCUUGAACAUCAGGAAGAGGAUUUGCAAAAGAAAAAAGAAGCUGAGCCCAUUCUAGUCCGCCUUCAGCGAGUAUCGGAUGCCAGGCAUUCAGAUGACUAUGCCCUCAACAAGGCUCUUCGUUCCCGAAUGAGGAGUCAAAAGAAGAGAGUUGCUGAAGAAGAGGCCACUUCCAAGAAAAUAGGUCUUGGCAUACGCUUGCUUCCAACAAACGAAGAAGAUGCUGCCUCUGCAGCUCAUGUGAAGUUCUCUUCCAAGUUUGAUAAAAAUAGAAAGGAUAAGCGAGCUUUAAUCAGUGCUGCUUCAAUAUUUCCUGGGUCAUCUGGUUCUUCCAUCUCCAAUAAGAAACGUUUGGAGCUAGAUUCCAAAAGAAGGAAAAUCAGUGCUGCUGCAGCCUCUAAUUUGCUGACUGGGGGAUUCAAGCCAUCAUCAUGGUCACAGGGUACCGUUUCUUGCAGCAGGCAUAAGCAAAAUUCCAUGAAUGCCAGACGUUAUUAG